AUGUCGGAUCAACAAUACGAUGAAAAUUUCGUUGAAGAAUCAAAUUGUUCAAGUGGAGGAGAAGAAGAAUCUAUCAGAACCUCUUAUGACCCUAUUAAAAUGACCCCACAAUAUCACAUACAAAAAGCCGAUACUGCUUUACAAAAUUUAAAAAACGUGGUGAGUGAACCAGGAUGGAAAAAAGAGUUCCAACAUAAGAAUGGUGUGGUGGUUUAUAAUAAACCUGGAAUCUCGAAAGGUGAUAAAUUACCGGUCUUUAUGGGUGAACAUGUAAUUGAUGGGUACACUCCGCAAUCUGUUUUCGCCGUUAUUAGUAUGAGAAAACUUUGGGAUGAUUGGUAUGAGGAGGGAAGUCUCGUUGAAAAUUUAAACGAAACAACAAGUUUAACUUACAUGGUUAUGCAAGCAUUGGCCGGUUCCAAAACUAGAGAUUUAUCCUUGGUGGAAAGGAUUGAAUGCACCGAAGAAGGAGCGAUCUAUUUUGUGACUACCUCGGUUGAGACCUCAAAAGUCCCAAUCAUCGCUAAUAGGAUCCGGGCUCACAUUCAACUUAAUGGGUGGAUUCUCGAACCUUUGACUUACGAUCCACCAAAGACAAAACUUACUUAUGUUCUUCAAACCAAAAUUAAAGGAUGGGUUCCGUCAAUCCUUGCAAAGACUGUUUUGUCAAGACGUCCCCUUGUGAUGAAUACUAUUGAUCAAUAUUUGAAAAAGAAUGGUCCUCCCCCAAUAAUAAUUGAAUCCACCCCUCCAGUAUCUGCUCAUGAAGUUUCUCCUAACGUUGUAAAUGAUAAUUGUAAUUCGGAAGAUGCGGAAGUUAAAGUUGCGAGGAAGAAAAUCUCAUUUACGGUUAUACGUGAUGUUUCCGAGAAACUAAGUUCAACUAAACAACAUGAAAACUCGGUUUCCACUAGAGAAAUUCCAAAUGGUUCCUUGUCUCAUCAGGACGAUUCACAUUCGCCUAAAAGUCCUCCAUCAUCAGAUGUUCCACAAUCUUCUUCGUCAACAACUCAAUCCUCGCCUAUUGAACAAGAUUUUUCAACGACGGCACAAUCAUCGUCUAUUCAACAAGAUUCUUCGACAAAGUCACAAUCAUCGUCUAUUCAACAAGAUUCUUCGACAAAGUCACAAUCAUCAUCUAUUCAACAAGAUUCUUCAACUACGGUAAAAUCAUCGCCCAUUCAACAGCCUUCUUCGACAACGACACCAUUAUUGCCCAUUCAACAAGAUUCUUCAACCACGGUAAAAUCAUCGCCCAUUCAACAGCCUUCUUCGACAAAUACACCAUCAUUGCCCAUUCAACAAGAUUCUCCAACAACGGCCACAGAAAAUGGACUUUCUUUAUCUCAGCCAGAAAACUCUCCGAAACCAAUACAGCAUCGUCAUACAGCUUCUAUACAAAGAGCUCUUGAAAUUUUUAAUUCACACACUCCAUUGGUUGGAUGGAACUUUAGUUCUGAAAAUAAAAAGGUAAAGAUUUACACGAAAGAACAUGCUGGUAAAUCUACACCUAUCAUGCGAGGAGAUGCUGUUAUUUCUGGAGGAUUUACAACUUAUGACAUUUUGUCUGUCAUUAUAAACUUGGAUACGCGAAAAUUAUGGGACGAUCGAUAUGACGAAGGUGCAACUUAUGAAAGGUUUAGUUUACAUGAACAUUUAACCAGAACGGCAAUGAAGGGUACGUUCCCUAUCAGUGGACGUGAUAUGUCAGUAUGCGGAAUGUUGCACAGUGAGGAAGAUACUGGAAUUCUUCAAUUUGUCACCACAUCUGUGGUUGACCCAUUAAUUCCGGAAAGCAAAAAGCAUGUUAGAUCAAAUUUAAAUUUUGCAGGAUGGCGAUUAGAACCUCAUGUUGAUGACAAAGGAAACACUACAUCUGUUGAUGUCAUAUACAUCGUUGAUAUUGACAUCAAACUUGACUCGAUUCCAACUUCUAUCCUUAAGAUGUUGUCAAACCAAAUACCAACCACUAUCUCUAAAAUAGAUGAAUUAAUGCAAAAAACGGGAUUUUGUCCAUAUGUUCUCAAGGCUGACACAAAGAUCCUAACAGAAGAAUUUAAUAUCAAAAAUGAUCAAUAUGAUUUAACAUUACUCCCUGAAAGUGGUUGCAUAACGGAAUUCAAAAUUUCAAAAUUGAUGUAUCCAAAUGGUAUUGACGUGUCUGUUAUGCCUGAAAACUGUAAGGUUGAAUUGUUGCCGACAAGUGCGGAAACUAUUCGUGUGACCCUUCCAUCAAAAGUUACCUUGAACAUUUUUACCAUUACCGCUAGCAAACGUUCUAAAGGUUUCCGAAUGACUUACAAUAACGGGCAAGAAAUUCCUUUGGCUUUAGAUCCUGAUAGCAAUGACAUUCCGAUAAGAAAGGAUAUACCUACUUAUGCUACUGGUACGAUGUCGACAAAUGCCACACUUACAAAUAAUACUCUUGAUGAAGUAAAACCUAUGAAUCCGGUCACACUCGCCUCAAAAAUAAACAUAAUUGAUCCCGAGACUUUCGGCAAACCAUUGGAAGAAAAAAUCAAUAAUGUUCUUAUUAAUCAAGCCUUGAUUCCUCCCGAGACUUUCGUUAAACCAUCAUCACAAGUAUCAUUAAAAUUAGAAGCAUAUCAGAGAAUUUUUGAAGAGCAUCCUAAGAAGAUUGCAACUCAAGAGUCGCGUGAGAUUCAAAAUGUACCAGAUUCCUUAGGAGUUUCACCUAAAGAAGAUCCAGCUGUAAAAAAACUAAAGAAUGAAGUUAUUGAAAACAAUACAAUUACUGACGAUUUAAUGAUUCUUGCAAAGUCAGCUAAUUUCAAUUCACACCAAAUUGGAUUAAUGUUUGCUUCAAUGUUACUCGCAUAUUACGCAGGAAAACUGAGUACUUAA